AUUGACUUCGCAGUUCGUAACAAGGCCACACCCAACUAAUGCGGAUUCCAACCGAAACAAUAAACUGCAGCUCAGAGACGGUUCGAGUCCGGAAGCGUGCGCGACGAUAGACUCAGCGUACUCUAAAAGCAAGAACCAAACACAACAAGAAAAGAAGGUGAAAAAAGAAAGAAAGAAAGAAAGGAGUGAAAGGGAAAGCCCGAAACAGCGAAGAGGGAAAAAGGGUCGCCAUAUAUCUCCCGGCAAAUUCCAUUUCCUUGUCAAUCAAGUCUUUUCUCUCUCUGUCUCUCUCCCCUCUCCGCGUGAACGCGCCCCCCGAGUCACCAACUCAGUUUCUUUCGGUGGUUUCCCUCAGUCUUCAGUGGCUGAGUCGAGCUCGGUCAGCCCCCGCAGUGACGCCGGUGCCUCCUAUGUUAGUAUAUUUGAGUUGCAUGUGGUGGAUUUUCCAUGGAAACAGUGGCCGGAGCUGAGGGGGUUGAUGAAGCCAUGUUCGAGGAUGGCCGGGUUGAGAAGACGACCCCCUCGAAUUCACCCACAAAGCAGAUUUCAGACCCAGUCGUCUAUAAGCUCGUCCGGGUGGAAGGUGAUGGGAGACUAGUGCCUGCAACAGAUGAUGAAAUCAUGGAGGUUGUGGAUCUGCUCAAAGACGACAACAGUGAAAUGCAUAUUGUUGCAGAGUCUGGGCAGGCCGUGGGAAUUUCCAUUGACGAUUCUUCCUCUGGCAAAUCUCUGUCAGAGCUGUCAGGUUUUUCCAAGUUUGAGGAUGUGUAUGCUGAUGCAGAGAAUUUGGAAGCACCGACUCAGGAAACUGCUGCUCCUGUAGCUCCUAGUUCGGACAUCGAUCAGAUGAAACAAUCUGUAGACGCUGCAGAAUGCUCAAAAUCUCCAGAUCAAAUGAGAGAAAGUGAGUUGUCAUGUGCUGCUACCAGCUUGCUGCCUGAUUUUUCGAAAUUAAAGGGAGAAAUUUGCCUAGAUCAUCUAUCUAUCAGAGAACUACAUGAAACUUUUAGGGCUACCUUUGGGCGAGUGACUACUGUCAAAGACAAGACGUGGCUGAAAAGAAGAAUUGCCAUGGGAUUGACCAACUGUUGUGAUAUUCCAAGUACAAGUUUUGUCAUUAAAGAUAACCAGAUACUGAAACUUGGUGAAGAAGAAAACUCCAACAAUGUUAAUUGUGCUGUUGCAACUGAUCAGGAUGUUGUGGCAAUAGAUGACCAACAGACAGACUCGGACAUUUCUCAGAAAAAGCAGUCGGAAGAUUGUCAAAUAAUUUCUGGAAAAAGAUUAAACUGUGAGUAUAUUGAGGAUUCUCUGCCAGAAGUUCUAAAUCAGGAGCAGAAAACUGUCAAGAGAUUACGGAAGCCUACAAAAAGGUAUAUCGAAGAACUUUCUGAAGUUGAACAUCAUGAGCAUACUGGGAGGUCAAUAACUCCAGCUAAAAGCUGUGGAAGGGAUUGUCCAAAAUCCUGUGCUAGACCUGCCAAAAACGUCUCUCCUGAUAGUAGAACUUAUUUCACAAGGCUGGAUUCUGUAGCCGGUCUACGGGUCCCAUGUGUUUCUCGGGUCAGAAGAAGCCGUCCCCGUAAAGAUAUUAUGGCUCUUGUGGGAUUUUAUCAUAGUAGUGGGGGCAUGGCUGGGAAAUCAGUGAGCAAGACUCUUGGAACCAGUUCUGAUCCUAAAAAGAUACAAAACCAAGGUAUUGAGUUGGUGGAGAAAGAUAACCAAUGCUUGGCCAUUGAUAAAGUUGAGCCUGAGCAGAAUCUUGAGGCGAAGCAUGGAGAUUCAUUGGAUGAUGAUGCAUCAGAAGACAAUAUAGUUACUGUGCCAACGGCAAAAGGUGGAAUACGAAGGAAACAUCAUCGAGCUUGGACUCUUGCAGAAGUGAUGAGACUAGUAGAAGGCGUUUCAAGGUAUGGAGCUGGGAGGUGGUCUGAGAUCAAAAGGCUUGCCUUUGCAUCCUAUUCAUACCGUACCUCUGUAGAUCUUAAGGACAAAUGGAGAAACUUGCUGAAGGCUAGCUUUGCACCAGCACCUACAGAUAAAGUGAUGAAUCCAAGGAAACACGUGUCGAUGCCGAUCCCAGCUCCGAUCUUGUUACGGGUCAGAGAACUAGCCGAGUUGCAUGCUCAGGCAUCACCAAAUCUGAGCACGAGCAAGUUAGUGGGUUGUGGUGGAAGUGUAAAUGGGACCAGAUCAGGUUACUUGUAGCCAUUGUAAAAUAAACAGAGAUUUAGUUUGUCUAACUUCGAAUAAAACCCCCCCUGAAGUAGCAAAGUUCUCAGACUUUGAGCGGUGCAAUCGGAUGGAUCGCCAGAUGUAAGUAUCUAACUGUUGAUAUCUCUCCUGAUUUAGAUGGGUAAUCCUGAUUCACCUGGUGGGUCGAAACGCCGAGUCUGUUAUCUGAUGCGGUAUCGAUGCAUAUGAUCACAGGAACGGUUCA